GCCAAAUUUGAAUUACCAAACACGGAGCUCUGACCAAAAAAUAUUAUUUUAAUAAGUUUUAAGUGAAAAAUUGACAAAUAAAUGUUUAAAUGCGUGUCUAAUUGUAAAAAAUAUCCGUAAAAAAUUAAAAACCAAACGAAAAAUUGCAAAUAUUUUGAUUGAAACCCCGAAAAUUAUCCAAAUUCCGACGAUGGCAACAUUAGCAGCAAGCGAGAGCAUCACUUUGCCCAGUUCGACGCCGUACAAGAGUAAGGUUAAGGUCGUGGCGCUCGACGAAAUUGUCGUGCAUGCGGAAAAACUCGACGAAAGUGAGUUAGAAGAGGGCGAGCUCCGUGAUUCGCGCAUCACAAAUCUCACCAACGUCAGCGAAUACACGUUCCGGCAGCAAUCGUGGGUCGAAUUAUUGGAGGAAGACGAAGAAAAAAGCGAAGAUAUGCAACGUUCGAAAAUCUGCGAAAGUGACGAUUCGCAGUCGCAGGCGUCGUACAAACGCGAAUUGGCGAUCGAAAUUCUCGAUAGAUCGAAUGAAGCCAAGUUUGAUCGAUUGUUGAUGGAGGACAAAAUUAAGUCGCCCUUCCGACGUCAUCCGUCGAAUGACUCGUUUGAUGAGGCAGCCAAAGCUGAAUUGCUCAAACACGAUCCGAGCAUCUUGGAUUUCAAGGUUGCGGCUGUAACGAGGACUGUUUCAGCUCGUUCUGACACCGCCUGCGACGGUUUUGACUUCCCAAAAGCCGCUCCAUCGUCUCCGAGCAAGCGCAAACGUAACCAUGCCCCAACCACAUCCGAAGAAUCAGAAGACGCCAAGAAACCUCGUUUUGCCAAACUUCGCAGCGAGAGCACAAGCUCAUCCGAACAAAGUUACGGCGGCGAUCGCAAACGUCCCGAACUCGAAACGGAUCCCGGAACACUCGAACGUCGCCAAAAGCAAAUCGAUUACGGCAAAAAUACCAUUGGGUAUGACAACUAUAUCCAAGCAGUGCCAAAGGAGGAACGGAAACCCAGCGAUCCACGAACCCCGAACAAGCAUUUGAAGUACAGUCGACGCGCUUGGGACGGUUUGGUGAAGCAAUGGCGCAUCCAACUUCACAAAUAUGACCCGAAUGCCGCCAAACUCGACGAAAAUGAGGAAAAUUAAAAGGGAAAAUUGAUCUCCUUCCCCCCCGGACUAUUACAAACUAUUUGUAGCCUUUAGUACAUUUUUUCUUGCUAGUUUUUAAGGAAUCGAUAGAAAAUCGCGAGAUAAGACAAUGAAAUGAAAAGAAAAAGA